AUGGCGGACAAGGUGGUGGGACAUGCUGCUGUCAAGGAUAACAUGGGCACAGACUGCAAAUGUCACGGCGUGUCAGGAUCGUGCACCACAAAGACAUGCUGGACUACAUUGCCCUCUUUUAGAAAAAUUGGAGACUCUUUGAAGAAGAGGUACAAAAAGUCAAAACUUGUGGUACCCUAUAGAGGCGGAAGGGCAAGCACACCCAAAUCUCUCAUACUUAAGCGCUCGAAACGGGCCCACCGGAAGCCACGUAGAAGCCAUCUUGUUUAUUUGGAGAAAUCGCCAAAUUAUUGUGAUCACGAUCCGAGUACUGGUUCACUGGGUACAGUGGGACGCCGGUGUAAUAGGACCUCAGCAAGCACCGAUGGAUGUGACUUGAUGUGUUGUGGGCGGGGCUAUAACACGCACCAGUACACCAAGACAUGGCAGUGCAACUGUAAGUUCCACUGGUGUUGUUAUGUAAACUGUAACCGUUGCAGUGAGCGAACUGAGGAAUACACGUGCAAGUAGUGAGGUGGUAAACCGAGUGAUGUGAACAGCUUGGGUUGUGUAACCCUCCCUACAAAUGGGCUGCCUUUACUAGUGCUGUAUGCGGGAGCUGCUUCCUGGUGCCAUGUGUGCGUCACACCAAAUACUUUGUUCACAUUCAAGACUAAUAUUUAAGGUAGUCUAGCGACCCAUUCACUGGUCAACUGGUGAUAUUCCGGGAGCAUGCUGUGCGCUGAUAGAAGGUAUUGUAUCUGAUACGGAUGAAAUUUAACUGAGAUUCACUUGGCGAAAGAAACCGACUGCAGGCAAUACAUGUGGAACGCCGGCAAGGACCAUGACUAUUGUGAUGGGAUGAUUUGAUGACAUUCCUUUCUAUCUACUGCAUUUCACGUGAAGUCUCAGUAGUGUAGAACUAUGCACCAUCUGUAUGGUGAAUCGAGUGAAUAGUAUGGUAUUUCGGACAUGUGGUUGAUGACAGGAAUACUUAUGUAAUGUGCGCCAGGGACGCUGGGGUGACCAAGAGGUUGCUAACAUAUCCAACGUGGGCCCACAUAUGACAGGGUAACUGUGUUAC